AUGUUUAAAUAUUUUAUCAUAUUCUUUUGGUUACAGUAUAUAAUAAAUAAUAGUGUAAUAGAUGGCCUAUUCUUAACAUCUCAAAGUAGUUAUCAGAAAGCAACACAUACAUUAAAAACACUAAUAGAUAUCCCAACUAUAGAAGCUUCUCAUUUAGGAGAUUUACCUGAUAUUGUUGGAUAUGAUAGGAAGAAUUGUAUCACAACAAAUGGUAUCAAUAGAAAUAAAAAAGUAUUGAGAGAUGAAAUAUUAUUGGAUGAAAAGGAACAACUUAUCAACAGGAAAGAUUUUCCUUUUUCAAGUAAUAAUAUUACAAAUGAAAAUAAUAUCAGCUCAGUAUCAACUAAUACUAGAUGGAUAUAUGGAGGAAUUCUUCUAGGACUGGUAGGUAUCUUUUUUUUAUCCCUUAUAAUUAGUGCAUUUUGUACCAAUAUCAAAAGAUUAAAAACGGGAAGGCGGCCAGUAUACGGUACUUCUUGGCUAACACCACCCUCUUAUUGGCAAUCUCAACAUGAUUAUAAUACUAAUACAGGCGAAGAACCUGAAGAAUAUGUACCCACUUACUCAGAAAUUCCAAACGAAAAUGUGGAUCUUGGUUUUUAUGACGACAGAGGAGAAUUCCAUCUAAGCAGUCAGAAUAAUGAAUAUACCUCUCCUAAACCUACAAGUGAACAAAAUUAG